UAGUUUUAAUAAUUGUCAUUUCUCACCUCUAAUUAAAAAUAGAGCUCUGAAAAACGUGGGAACCCCUUCAUUUGCUCGGAAACUAAAAUAAACAAUACUAGAAUUAGAUUUCGAUGAUGGCUUAAUGGGUUCUCCUCGUUCGAAUCUCAACCGCUGGAGCCAAAAUAAACACACGAGCCUAUAUCAAGAAUCUUUGAUAAAUAAGAGAUAAACAAACAACAAGCUCAUAAAUCAAGAAUGUUUAGUCCAACUUAGAGAACAAACUUUUCAAGAAGAAGAUAGAACAAUGUCGUUUACAGGAACGUUGGAUAAAUGCAAGGCGUGUGACAAAACCGUCUACGUCAUGGAUUUGUUGACGUUAGAGGGUAACACUUAUCACAAAUCAUGUUUCCGAUGCAGUCAUUGCAAUGGCACUCUCCAGAUGAGUACUUACUCGUCCAUGGAUGGAGUUCUUUACUGCAAGACUCACUUCGAGCAGCUUUUCAAAGAAUCCGGCAAUUUCAGCAAGAACUUCCAGACAGGAAAGACAGAGAAGUCGAGUGAUCAAAUGACUCGAGCUCCGAGCAAGUUAUCUUCAUUCUUCAGUGGAACACAAGACAAAUGUGCGAGUUGUCACAAAACCGUUUACCCACUUGAGAAAGUUAACAUGGAAGGUGAAUGUUACCACAAGACUUGCUUCAAGUGCGCACACAGUGGUUGUCCUUUGACUCACUCUUCUUACGCCUCUCUCAACGGUGUCCUCUACUGUAAAGUCCAUUUCAACCAGCUCUUUCUCGAGAAAGGAAGUUACAAUCACGUCCAUCAAGCCGCUGCUAACCACCGUCGAACCGCUUCUUCUGGUGCCUCUACUCCGCCUUCUGAUGAUCACAAACCUGAAGAUAACGCUGCCAUUCCGGAAGGAGAAGCAGGAGGAGAGGAAGAAGCAGUCCCUGAAGCUGCUGAUGCAGGACGAGAGCCUGAGUCUUGAAUGUGGUGGAGGAACACUCUUAUCAGUUGUCAAGUUUGAUGUUUAUAUAUAUACUUUAUGUUUAAAAUGAAUAUAUUUGUAUACAAAUUUUUUGCUGUUUCUUUUUGUAAA